UCUUAGUUGCUUAAGAGGAAACUGGACGACCUCCUAGACAGCUUAACUUGAGAAAACAAAAAUCUACAAGUCUGACCAUGGAGAUCACAGAAUCUUUUCAUAAGAGGGGACUUGCCCUCAGGUUGCCUGUUGAAACUUUUAAGUCCACAUCUGAGGUCAAAGUGAAACACACGCUGUUUGCGCUAUUUAAGAGACAUGAUGCAGAAUUUUGUGCGUAUUUAUCCAAAUUGCUGCAGAAUCCCAUGAUCAGAGUCAUCAUGAUUAGCACCGUCUUGGUCAAUGCACUAUUCAUAACUAUGGAGACUGAUUAUAAUAUUAGGUUUCAAUCUCAUACAUUUUUGGAGCUGGCAGAUGUGAUCAUUCUGGCUAUCUAUACCACAGAGUUUUUGAUACUGUUUUAUAUGGACCCCCUGAAUUUCUGGAGGAGCGGCUACAACAUACUCAAUGCUAUCAUUCUCCUCCUUGCUUACCUCCCAUACACAAUCAACAAAAAUAACAGCAAAUACUACUGGACCUGGAGCACGCUCAAAGGUUUCCAGGUGCUCCGGAUUCUGAAGCUCAUCAACUACAGCCGAGGAAUGAUGAAUUUGAUGACAGCUCUAGGCCAGACUAUGAAGACUGUGAUCUAUGUCCUUAUUCUGCUGUUCCUGUUAAUGUUUAUCUUUGCCAUUUUGGGCCACGGUUUGUAUGGAGACCCCGACAGUGGAGACAUAGAAAAUUGGGGCAACCUUGCAUCUGCACUUUUCACACUCUUCAGUUUAGUCACGGUCGACGGCUGGACGGACUUGCAGAGCAGCUUGGAGGAGCACGGUUUUACUGCCAGCCGAGCGUUCACCAUAGUCUUCAUCUUGCUGGGCUUCUUUGUGUUUUUCAAUAUGUUUAUCGGUGUGGUCAUUAUCAAUAUCCAGGACUCGACUCAAAAUUACAAGUGGGAGUGUAAAGCAGAAAUGCAGGCUGCUCUUCAGGCCAAAAAACAGGCCAUAUUAAAGAGACAACAAGAAGAAGUGAACAAGUUAAUGCACCAGCAGAAAACCAGCGAGUAUAAAGCUUUCAGUGAAUUGGUGGACGACUUUAAAAAGACGUUACAGCAUACUGAUACUGUGGUCUUAGAAGAUUUUUGUGCCAGUAUCGCAUUUAUUGAUCUGUAUUUGACAUCCCUGGAUCUUCAGGAUGAUACAAUAUAUAGGGCAUCACCUGUGUUGGGGGCAUCAGGCAUAGGCAUGUUAGGAGAGAGCACUUCCCACAGCUAACGGCAUCCUUUAUGUUAUAUUUUGCUGCAAGAAGAGGAAGCAUGAACGAUGGGCUUGAGCUAGCAGGUCCCCCAAGUGCCCCUUGAACCUCAGCUGGAGCUCUGCACUGAGUCUAGGCAGUUUCUAAAGUGGCUUUUGAGUCUGGCUCUGCGGUGCGUCCCGUCACCUGGCACUCAUGCCCAUCACCGGAAGGACAUACAUGGAAAAGGCUGAGGUAACCUCCUGUAUUAUUGGGCAUUGUCCUUUCUAUCCUACAAAGCCCUUUUAGAUGUCCUCCACAUGGCAGCUCUGAGCAUGUCCUGCCAGGGCACUGGCUCCCCACAACUCAGACUCAAGUUAAUGGGAAUUGAAGGUGCUCCAGUCCAGGCUGACAAGGCCCAUAAACUAUCCAUGAAAGUCCUUCAGGUCCACCCUGUAUUUUCCAUGGGCAGGGAUCAACUGUUUUCUUAGCUGGCGUUUUUGAAGGAGUUGGAUUUGAGAAUAGCCUCAUGUCGCAUAGGUCAUGAGCAAGGAGCUGAGAGGAGUUCAUGAACUGGGGAAGCCAAAGGUAGAUCUGGGCCCCAGCUGCAGACAGGGGACCCGGGACCACGAGCGUCUGAAGUUCAAUGAUUCUGACUGGGGGUGAAAUCCCAGCCCCGUUGAAAUGUGGGGGGAUUUUGUCAGGCUUGCUUUCACCUUCAGGUUUAGCUUGGGAUCCUUGCUUGGGUAGAGAGAGGAUGGAGGUACUAACUGGAUGGAAACAGCUCGGUUUUACAGGAAAUCUUCCCUCCUGUUUCCAGUGCUGCAGUUUGGUUUGCAUAUCCAUUUUGAACAUGCCUCGACCUGGAGAGAUGUAGAUAGAUGGUGGCAGGUGCUGGAAAAUACCUGCACUCAGAGAAGAUCUACUGCUACCGGGGCCACAAAACGAGCAUGAUAAACCCAAACCCCAACAAACCCAAAUACACGCACAGAUCAAGCAUGUCCUUGUGAAGUCCCUGAUUGAAUAAAAAAACCCCAAACCA